AUGGAAUAUGGUGGGGCAGAGGCAACGAUUGAUUCCGUGGCAGGCGCGGCUACUGUUGAUGAAUCAUUGCAAUACCGUGCAAUCCUCCAUUUUGAUCUUAAAGCAGGGAAUAUAUUUUUGGCCGAACGCGAUGAAAAUCAUAAAGAAACACCAGUUGCUAAGGUUGGUGAUUUUGGAGGAUCUUACCCUGUAACUGCAAGUGGCACAAAAGACUACUCCAAAAGGAUGGAAAUGAGGAGAGUGCUUGGAACUAGUAGAUUUUAUGCGCCAGAACAGUUUAGCAAUCGAUAG